UACAAUGGCUGGUGAUUAUAUUCUCUCAAUUGCAUCGAUUAUGAUUGCGCGUCUGAAGAGCGACGAUGUGACGAUUGUUCUAAGUAAGAUUUUAACCGAUCUGGUUCAAGGCGAAUUCAUGCAACUUGGCUCAAAGGAAACCGAAAAUGAACGAUUCGCGCACUACCUGACCAAGACAUACAGGAAGACGGCCUCACUCAUAGCGAAUGCGCUGAAAGCGACGGCCGUAAUCGCUGAAGCUGAUGAAAACAUCACCGAAUUGGCAUUCCAAUAUGGCCGCAAUGUGGGCUUAGCGUUUCAGCUGGUCGACGACAUGUUGGACUUUGUCUCCUCCGCCGAAACAAUGGGUAAACCAACGGCUGCGGAUCUAAAAUUGGGACUCGCCACGGCGCCGGUGCUCUUCGCAUGCGAAAAGUACCCCGAGCUAAAUCCGAUGAUAAUGCGGCGAUUCAGCGAACCUGGCGAUGUUGAACGUGCCUUCGAACUAGUCCACAAAUCGCACGGACUCGAACAGACGCGCUUCUUGGCCAAAAAGCAUUGCAUCGAAGCGAUACGAUUGUCACAGGAGCUGACCGAGUCGCCAUACCAAAAGGGUCUGCAAGUAGUAGCGGAUUUAGUCAUUAACCGUAUGAAAUAAUAGUUUAAGUUUGGGUACUGGGGGGUAGAUGGUGCAAAAAAAAACAAAAAAA